CUCGUCGUUCUCUUGCCCGCACAUGAUUUGGGUAAACCCGUUCAUGGAAUCAGGAAGUAAUAAUUUGCAGCUGUUCCACUGGUGAGAAACGUUCCUGUACUGGGGCAGUCGAAGCUUUUGUUUUGUAUCCGCAAAUAUAGGCUAUUAGAGUUACACACUGGAAAAUAUAAUAUUCGUGGACGGGAGCCUAUCUUUUGGUGUAAGUCUUUUUAGUGUGCCUUUUUAUUCUCUAAAAGUACCCGGAAGACGUGAAUUUGACACCUUGGCUUAGGUAGGGUAAGUAGAAUGGAUGUUCCUCACCUGACAGAAGAUGAAAUGGCAGAUAUUAAAAAGGAGGUCCUAACGAGGCUGCGACCGUACCUCUGUGACAAGAUCCGGGUCGACCGCCAUUUUGACUACCUGCGCUCGCGCAAGAUCCUUACGCGGGACGACACAGAGGAGAUCAGCUGCAGGAGCACGCAGAGUAAACGGACAGGCAUGCUGCUGGACUACCUGGCUGAGAAUCCUCGGGGGCUGGACGCCCUGGUCGAGUCCAUCCAGCAAGGACGUACUCUCAACUUCAUCAUCACCAAGAUCACUGAUGAGGUGCAGAAAGUGAAGAAUGAGAGGAUAGAGGCUCUCAGAGCAGGGGCAUCCAGUUCCUCCUCGGGCUUCCUGCCAACCCAGGACACUGCCGCUAAAGAUCUGUCCAGGACGCUGUCAUAUGAGACGAACCUGGCAUCCACCAUGCCGUACAACGGAGAAGGGAGCCAAUCCACCUCUGACGCCCUAAGAUCCCUCAACCUGCCCGCUGCCUCCAGCCAAGGGAAGGAGGUGUCAUCAUCCAUGGGAGGAGAUAGCAUGGUUGCGUCUUCAUCCCAGGCCUCGUCCAAACUGCCCAGGCCUGGAGACCCAGGAGCUCCCCACCUGCCACAGGAGGCCUUAUCUAACAUGGAUGCUGGACCACACAGGAGCACAGCAAUCAGCGGAGGGGACGCCAACUUCCAGCCCCUGAGGUCACGCUCCAUCCCCCCUACUUCCACAUCAUACAGGGACCUCUCACCUCGGCCCCCACCGAAAUCUUACUGAGGAUCGCCCCUUGCCCUGGAAUGUCUCCCACAUCAUUACUCAUCACAAACAUUCACACUUCAAUUUUAUUGUUUGUACCAGUUUGUGUUUUCUCAAGGGUUUUAGUUCAGUGAUACAUCAAACAAAUAGCAACUCGUAAAGUAUAUUCCAUGCCUUACAUUAUACUCUGGAUUAUUAGAAAGCUGGACACGCUUAUUUUGAAUUCAAUGAAGAAACCAUACAAGUAACUACUUACUAAUUAUGUCUCAAUCAUAAGCUGUACCUUCAUGAAUUUUACUCUGCUCCUAUCAAGUCAUCUUUCAUAAGAUGCCCCUUACCCACAGAGAGACAGAUUGAGAUAGCUACACGUUAUCCUAAACUUGGACUAAAGUUGUAGGUCAUCAUUCUCCAUCAACACUACUGCUCAUAUAUUUUCCUAUGAAUUAUGGGCGUCUGAGUUCUUCAUGAGAGACUGGCAUCAACAUGCCACACCAUGGCAGCUACAGUAGAGCUGUUUCCUUGUAAGGAGCCCAGAGCAUCAGAAGACAACUUCUCUGUAUUGACACAUAACACUGGAAUUAAUGGUUCAGCAUAUGCUUUAUGGUACACAAACUGUAGCCACAAACUUUGGUAAACCUACGCUGAAAUGGUUAAUGUUUUUACUCUAGACUAAAGUAUUGUUAUACUAUAGAUACAUUUUCUUAUUGUGAAAGGCGAUGAAUGUGUAAUGUAGUACAACGGUGUUACUUAUUAUUCAGAAAGUGAACUUUAAUACCUGCUAUUUUGAUAAUUGAUGGACCAGUACUUUUUAUAUUUGAGAUCUUGAAAAUGUAGACCUUCUAUAAAUAAAAGGAAUAUGAGACACAGGAGACAUUUCCUGUAAAAUGUGUGA